AUGAACGACGCUGAGGAUCCCAGAACUGAACCUCCAGCCACAACCUCCACCCAGCAAAGCUGCCAGUCGGACAUCCACUCUGUACUGAGAGAGAUGAGCGCUGCGCUGGCAGAGCUGAAGGUGGAGCAGAGAUACACGACGACUGCAGUGAGCAGCAUGGAGAGCAGACUGAGAGCCAGUGAGAGUCAAAUAGAGGAACUGAGGAAGAAGGUGGAGGAGGAGAGACAGAAAAAUCAAGAGGACCUGAAGAACUUGAAAAUCUCAUUUGAUAAGCAGGUGGAGAAGCUAAAAAAGGAGAAUCAAGAGAGCAAAGUGGCAUUUUCAGCAUCUCUCUCAGAAGAUGGACAUGGGCAUACUGGACCAUACAGCACUGAAUUUCCCCUGGUCUACAAACACGUCUUCACCAACAUCGGCAACGCGUAUAACCCAGCUACAGGGUUUUUCACUGUACCUGUGAGAGGAGUCUAUCACUUCAGAUUCUCAGCCCACGGAGGCGCUGGAAAAAAUGUAGGAGUGAUCUUAUAUAAGAACAGACUUCCCAUGGCCACAACACAUGCUAUUCAAUCCCAGGGCAGCGUGACUUCCACUAAUGGAGUCUCACUCUUACUGGAAAGGUCAGGAGCUUGUAUUCAGACGACUCUCAGUUUGUUGGAGGGACAGUCGGUUAGUGUGAACGACAUCACUCUGAGUCAUCAUGAAGGCAGAGAGAACCAGAUUCAGGCUGAGGAGCCCAGAAUUGAAACUCCAGCCACCACCUCCACCCAACAAAGCUGCCAGCCGGACAUCCACUCUGUACUGAGAGAGAUGAGCGCUGUGCUGGCAGAGCUGAAGGUGGAGCAGAGACACACGACGACUGCAGUGAGCAGCAUGGAGAGCAGACUGAGAGCCAGUGAGAGUCAAAUGGAGGAACUGAGGAGGAAGAAUGAGGAGCAGAGUCAGUUAAAUCAGUGUGAGCUAUGA